AAACAAGUUUCUAGGAGAUUAUGGAUUAUCAGUAUAUUCUUGGAGGAAUUCUUCUCGCUUCUAGUUUAGCAUUUGUGUUUGUUUUGUAUAGCUUUGGAGUAAAGAAGAAGGUAACAGAAAGUGGUUCAAGUUCUAUAGAUGAUGCAAAGAUAUCAUCAGAAAAUGGAAUAUGUUUACAAGAAGUUGAAGGAGAAACAGAUAUUAUUAUUGUAGGUGCUGGUGUUGCGGGUGCUGCUCUUGCUUAUACACUUGGAAAUGAUGGACGACGAGUACAUGUGAUUGAAAGAGACUUAAGUGAACCUGAUAGGAUUGUGGGUGAAUUGCUACAACCUGGUGGCUAUCUAAAAUUACUUGAGUUGGGUCUUGAGGAUUGUGUGGAUGAAAUUGAUGCUCAAAGGGUAUUUGGUUAUGCACUUUACAAGGAUGGUAAAAAUACCAAGCUAUCUUAUCCCUUGGAAAAUUUUAACUCUGAUGUAUCGGGAAGAAGCUUUCACAACGGUCGUUUCAUACAAAGAAUGCGAGAAAAGGCCUCAUCUCUUCCAAAUGUAAAAUUAGAGCAAGGGACAGUUACAUCUUUACUCGAAGAAAAUGGAACCAUCAAAGGAGUGAACUACAAAACUAAAAGUGGAGAAGUGUUCACGGCAAAGGCUCCUCUCACCAUAGUAUGUGAUGGUUGUUUUUCCAACUUGCGACGUUCUCUUUGUGAUCCUAAGGUCGAAGUUCCCUCUCAUUUUGUUGGAUUGGUGUUGGAGAAUUGUAAUCUUCCAUAUGCAAACCAUGGACAUGUUAUCUUGGGAGAUCCUUCACCAAUUUUGUUUUACCCUAUAAGUAGUACCGAGAUUCGAUGUUUGGUUGAUGUGCCCGGCCAAAAACUACCUUCCCUUGGUAAUGGUGACAUGGCACAUUAUUUGAAAACAGUGGUAGCUCCUCAGGUUCCUCCAGAGUUGUAUGCUUCUUUUAUAGCAACAAUUGAUAAAGGAAACAUAAGAAGCAUGCCAAAUAAAAGCAUGCCUGCCUCACCUUAUCCCACACCCGGAGCGCUAUUGAUGGGAGACGCCUUCAAUAUGCGUCACCCUUUAACUGGAGGAGGAAUGACCGUGGCUUUGUCUGACAUUGUUGUGCUCAGGAAUCUACUUAAGCCUCUACAUAAUCUGCAUGAUGCUUCUGCUCUUUGCAAUUACCUCGAGUCAUUCUACACUCUAAGAAAGCCGGUGGCAUCUACAAUAAACACGUUAGCAGGUGCAUUAUACAAAGUGUUUUGUGCAUCUCCUGAUCCAGCUAGCAUUGAAAUGCGCCAAGCAUGUUUUGAUUAUUUGAGCCUUGGAGGCGUUUUCUCAAAUGGACCAAUAGCUCUACUCUCCGGUCUAAAUCCUCGUCCACUGAGCUUGGUUCUCCAUUUCUUCGCAGUGGCAAUAUACGGUGUUGGCCGCCUGUUGAUACCAUUUCCUUCUCCUAAAAGAAUGUGGAUCGGAGCUAGAUUGAUUUCCGGUGCAUCAGGUAUAAUUUUUCCUAUUAUCAAAGCUGAAGGAGUGAGACAAAUGUUUUUUCCAGCAAGUGUGCCAGCAUAUUACAGAAUGCCUCCUGUCCAUUAACAUAUUGUAUGGAGCAUAUCUACAUGUGUCCCACUUAUUGCCAAAACGGUUGAGAGGAUGGAGUCUGUUCUAUAAUUAGGAAAAUGAUGUGCAACUGCAAUCUGUAUUAUUGUACUAUAUAAUUUUUGAAGGAUUGUUUUUGAAUAUUGGACAUAAGAAAUUACAAAACUAAAUUGAAAAAAUGUUAUGAUUUAUCUUCAUUGUAAGUUCAGGAUUUUCUUUUUCUGUGUUACUAGUAUAUAGCAAUGUAGUAAGCAUCUCAGUUAUAUGAGAUAACAAUGAAUUCUUGUCUCUUUCA